CCAUUAGAAACGCAACAAAAGGAUAUUUGUCCCCACUCCCACAUUUGACAUUCCCCUUUUCCCCUGACAAAACAAACUCUGUUGAUUUCUCACCGCCGGCGAAGAGAGAGAAAACAAACCAAAAAUGUCAUUCUCAUUCUUCAAACCUCGCCCUAAAACACCGCAAGAGGUUGUCAGAACCACCAAGGACAGCCUCUUGGCCCUUGACACUGCCACCGUCGUCGAAGUUAAAGCUCUUGAAAAGGCGUUGGAAGAAGUAGGAAGAAACUUAUCAACAAUGAGGUUGAUGCUUUGUGGAGAUGGCGAAUCUGAGCCAAGCACAGAUCAGAUUCUGCAGCUCACCCUGGAAAUAUGUAACGAAGAUGUUAUCCCUCUCCUAGUUCACAAGUUACAUGUGUUUGGUUGGCAGGCGAGAAAAGAUCUGGUCUCAUGUUGGUCUGUACUAUUGAAGCAACAAGUGGACGAAAAAUAUAGCUGUGUGGAAUACAUUGAGAAUAAUUUGGAGUUACUUGAAUUCCUGGUUGUCUGCUACGAUAACAAAGAUGCCGCUUUGACCUGUGGGACUAUGUUGAGGGAAUGCAUCAAAUUUCAAACACUUGCAAAAUAUAUAUUGGAGUCUACCAGUUUUGAGUUGUUCUUCAAGUAUGUAGAGCUUCCCAACUUUGAUGUUGCUUCCGAUGCAUUCGCCACAUUCAAGGAUCUGCUUACAAAACAUAGCAAAGAAGUUGCUGAAUAUCUGACAUCUCAUUAUAACGAGUUCUUUGAAAUGUAUGAAAAACUUCUAACAUCUACGAACUAUGUGACAAGAAGACAAUCAUUAAAGCUCCUCACAGAUUUUCUUUUAGAGCCGCCAAAUUCGCACAUAAUGAAGCAAUAUAUCCUAGAAAUACGUUACCUGAAAGUCAUCAUGACAUUGUUGAAGGACUCAAGUAAAAAUAUCCAGCUUUCUGCUUUUCACAUUUUCAAGGUUUUUGUUGCAAACCCUAACAAGACACAUGAAAUCAAAAUUAUCUUAGCGAAAAAUUGUGAAAAGUUGUUGGAUCUUUUGCGCAGUCUUGUUGUUGGAAAAGGUUCUGAAGAUGAACAAUUUGAAGAGGAAAAAGAAAUGAUCAUGAAGGAAAUUGAAAGAGUAUCGCGUUUCAUUAAUCGUGAACGUGGUUAGUUAUGUAUUUAGGUUGUGUUGUCUUAAUCCCAUUACUUCUCAUAUGAGAGCAACUGUUUCUUCAACUUCAAUCCAGUAAGAUGUAUUUUGAGGAUGCCAACUUAUUAAUGAAAAGGAUAACUUCACGAGCAACGAGUAAUGAAAAGCUCUGCUCCGAGUGUUCACAAUCUAUGUAUCAAAAUAUAUUUUCAAUGAAUCAAUAAUUUAUACUUUGUGCUCC